AGUGCUUCUGGAGCUCUUGGGUUACAUCCUCUACAAAAGAUGACCGCGGCAAUGCGGAUCCUCACAUAUGGAAUAGCAGCUGAUGGUGUUGAUGAGUACAUUCGGUCCGCUGAGGCUACUAAUUUAGAGUCUUGCAAGAAAUUUGUAAUCAAAGUUUGUGAAGUUUUUGGGGAAGAGUACCUGAGAUCUCCAAAUGAAGAAGACAUCGCUAGGUUACUUGCAAUAGGGGAGGAAAGAGGAUUUCCCGGUAUGUUAGGGAGCAUAGAUUGCAUGCACUGGGGGUGGAAAAAUUGCCCCAAAAAAUGGCAUGGCAUGUUUAGAGGCCAUGUGAACGAGCCCACUAUGAUCUUGGAAGCAGUUGCUUCACAAGAUCUUUGGAUUUGGCAUGCUUAUUUUGGUUUACCAGGGUCUCUGAAUGAUAUAAAUGUUCUUCAACGUUCUCCUGUUUUUACAAAGCUAGCCGAAGGCCACACUCCUCCAGUGAAUUAUAGCAUCAAUGGCCGUCAGUACACAAUGGGGUAUUAUCUUGCAGAUGGUAUCUAUCCACGGUGGGCAACAUUUGUGAAGAGCAUACCAGCUCCAACUAGCAGAAAGCAUAAAACUUUUGCCAAGAAGCAAGAGGGGGCUAGGAAAGAUGUGGAACGAGCCUUUGGAGUUCUGCAAUCCCGUUUUGCCAUUGUUCGUGGACCUGCUAAAGGAUGGAAACGUAAAGAAAUCAGUGAUGUAAUGAAAGCUUGUGUCAUAACGCACAAUAUGAUAGUAGAAGAGGAGCGACAAACUGGUCGACAAAGAUGCACUUUUGACGCAAUGGGAGAAAGAGUCACAGUCUCUCGUACUCAUGCAGAAGAACUGAGCUCGUUUAUUCAGAUGACUCAACGGAUUAGAAAUUUCAAUGAACAUGAUCAGCUUAAACUUGAUCUAAUUGACCAUGUGUGGCAAAAGUUUGGAAACGAGUGAUGUCCUAGUUAUAAGUUUGUAAUCCAUGUCUUUGUAAUACAGCUAUCAAUAAAGUUGAGUGAUGUAAUCCAUG